CAUAGACUAUAGACACGACAAAACUACUAGCAUUGCCUGUAGUUGCUUAACCAAUAUACUCUACUUGGAAAAUACUGAUAAAAGCUUAGAAUUACUAAUGUUACAGUUGAAUAUUUUUGGAUUACAACCAUCACCUUAUUACAGAAACCGAGUGUGCCAAAAAUUAUAAGUAACGGACGCGCUUCGACAGCAGGGGACCGGUUGAUUCUUUACAUAAAAUUUCAAUGUGUUCUGGAAAUGGUUUGCAAAGAGGACGUGGUAUCAUGGUUUAAAGAAUUGGAAAGCUAUAAACGCAUAGACGCAAUGUGUACAUUAUUAAACAUGUGUUUGCCGUUUGAACUGCGCUUUAUCGGAACGUACUUGGAGGAGCUCGGCAAGCGCGACUUUCAGGAGUUGCGUGGUGCCGAACUAAGAGCAAACAACCCCACAGAUCUGGCUGCGGACAUUGGCGGCGCUAACACAGAUCCUAGAACGCGACGGAAAAUGGCUUUGUAUGUGUCACUGUUGCGGUCAUGCAACUUCGCGUGUGCCACCACAUUGUACAACGCCAUGGUCAGCUUAGAGCAGAGUGGACUGCUGAAAGGCCUGUAUGGCGACUUGCUCGAAGAAAUCUUGCUAUUGUACACGAUGGCUCUACAUCAUCCUGCCUUCACAUUCGACCAGAAGUCACAUUUUGGUGAAAUUUUAGAGAAAUUGAAAUUAGAAGACCAGAGAAUACACUAUACAGAGCAGCAGGAACAUAUAAAUGUAGUACCCGUGAGUGGUGGCCUUACACAGUCUAAUAUAACAGCCAAUAUGUCAGUACCACCGCCUAAUUUGUCUAAUUUAGGACCACCGCCUGGUAUCAUGUUUGUUAAAACACCCGGGGUGCAGCCUCCAAACACAGACACAGUGCCUGAACUUAGUUCACCUCCAGUUCUGAGUGGAGCGGGGAGUGUAGUUUCAAUCUUAAGCGAGGUGCCUCAUCCUCCGCCUGGACUGCCUAUACCACAGUACAAUAUAGGAGAUUACAUGGGUCAACAUGCAUGGCCGGCAAACAUUAUUGUCUCAGCUAUUAAUCAGCCGGUAGAGGUAAUAUCGUACCAGGCGAGUGCGGGCGCGCCCACGUCGCCGCUGGUAUCUUCGCCGGGCGACAGUCGCGCCGCCUCGCCGCGUGCGCGCCGCCGCCUGUCGCGCGACCGCUCACCGCCGCUGCCGCCCGUUUCUAUUGGCCCGCCCGAUCAACUGCCAUUACAACUUGCUAAUUUCGAUAAUCUAUCACUUACAGAGAUGCGGCACGCUAUUGGUGACGAGAGGUUACGCGAUAUUGGACUUCAUCAGUACAGAUCAUUAGAGAAAUUAAACGGAGUUCGAAGACGAGCUGGCGUGUAUUGUCCGCCCACACGGUCUCCGUCCGACAGCGGGUCGAGCGCAGCGUCGUCGCCGCCCGACACGCCGGCGCUGGCGCCGCGCCGCGCCACGCCGUCAGCGCCUCCGCCCGUGUCGUUCCUCCAGUAUCCACGUCCGUUCGCUUACCCGACGCCGCCACCAGCUUACCGUCCGCCGCCACCGCCGUUCGCAAACGGAGAGCCGCCCCCGUACCCGACACCGGCACCUUAUGCGGGAUUCGUACCUGUGCUCUAUGCACCGCCGAAGUUAUCGUGUUGGAAUUGUGGCGCCACCGGGCAUGCUGGCCAUGAGUGUAAAGAGCCCAGUAUGGAAGAAAUGACUCGCGCCGGUGGCUACCAGCUGGACUUCGGCGGCGCUCCGCCCGAGUCAACGGACAAAUAGGGCGCGUACGCCGCGAGGUCUGGCUCGCUGUAGUGCCUCCCGGCCGCCGCUCAGCUCAGCUCACGGCGCCGAGGCGGCGGCGCUCGAUAUUGUAAAUACCGACUUUGAAUGUCGCGUCUGCAAGCCGUCGCCUCUUGGCGCCGCUAUGUCCUUGAAAUCGAGAUCCUUGCAAUUAUUGGUGGCAGUAGACAUUCAAUUGAUCAACAACAUUAACCCAAUGUGCGCUUAUUGAACCGAGAGGCGAAUUUUCUUUUGUUAUGAUUCAAAAGAGUAAUUGCACAUCCAGACUUCAAUUGUUGGAACACAUUUUCUGGACGGCAUAUAAUCUAUUUCUAGACUUUUGUGUCUAGAAAUAGAUUGAUGUCUUCUUCCUAUGGAUUUGAAGAAGAAUGGGAAUUUUAGUAAUAUUGACAUGUUCACAGAACUUGCUAGCUGAAUAUAUGAAAGACAUAAAUGAAAGACACAUAUGACAACGGCAGAUAAAUUUUCACCAUAUUUUAUUGGCAACAAUUCUAAAUGACUUGGAAUAGUGGAAAAAUGAUACCUAUAUUUGAUAUGGACUUUAAGUGCAAUUACUCAUGAUCAUUGAAUUCUGCUAUAUAUAUCUAUUGUGUAGAAUUUUGAGGGAAUUCCAUUGUGUAAAAUAACACAAAUACAGAGUAAUAGAUACAGUUGGGAAAUUUAGCAGAAUGCUGUUGGCCCUACCUAUGUGGAUUGAUAUGUAACAUUUUAGGACCAGCUAACUCGCACACAACUAAGCAUGGUCUUAUAAAUCCGAACGUGCCAUAAAUUGGUUUAGCUUGUUGAUUAUAGCGUGAGCGGUAUGUAAGAAAAUUUUGAUAAGAUUAGGUAGGUGGUGAAAUUAUACAGUGGUAAGUCUAUAAUCCUUAUUUAUUUGUUAAGUGAACAAUUGAUUGCCUAAGUUAUGACGUAGAUAGUUUGUUAGCUGUUUAUUAGAGAAUUUGUUAUAUAUUUUCAUUAAUUACUGUAAUUUUGCUGUUGAUUUUACAAUGCAUAUCAAUGUUUCAUUUAUUAUAAGCAUGGGAAAUAUGUCACAUGUUCAAUAGAUUUGGUAUUUUCUGUUUCACAUUACAGUUUUAUUAGAACUUAAUCGGAAUCGGGACUGUUGCUAUGAUCUCCAUUAUUUGACUUAAAAUGUUGUCUGUUGCUUCUCCAUAAAUAAAUGUCUCAAUUAUAAAGUGCUCCAAUGGUUGCACAUUGUUUAAGCAAUAUUGAACUCAGUUGUUAAGCCUAUCGUAACUCCUCCAGUGUUAUGGACUAUCAUUUGAUACAUGUACACUAUUUUUAGUAAAUCGAAAUAGUACAACAAUGUUAACUAAUACAUGCUCUAUUUAAUAUUAAAAUUUGCCUAGUGUUAAAUAAUAAUUGUUGACUGUAAGCACAAAUUUCGAAAUUUAUAUAUAAUCAGUAUUGUGCGCUUGUGUGAACUACCAUAAUUUAGAUUUUUUUGUAAACAGUGUCAAUUUAAACAAAUAAAAACAAAAUCGAAAAAAAAUCAUGACAAUUUUUCUAAUACUAAGUAACCUCGGAAUGAAAUUCUUAAAUAUAUUAGGGAUAGUUAUUUUGAUAUGACUAUUUUGUUAAUAUUUUAGAAUCUAAAGUCCUAAUUUUAGAUUGUUCAACAAUAGCAGUACUCUGGAAUUCCCUGAAAUUCUUUUUACUUCACUAUGUAUUGUAGUUACCUACACAUUGCAUAUUUAUAUUUCGUUUCCGGUACAAUGCCGAAGUUGCAACGCGGUUGAAACUUUACAUGACGAAUUUCGUAAAACAAAAACGUACUGAAUUUGUUUCCUUUGAUCUAAGACUGAUUCAUUGAACUAACUAUUGAAUUGGCUGCACAAAUUGAAAUUUUGGAAUUUUGAUAAAAUAAGUCGAAGCAGCAUUACAAUCAGCAUUCGAGACGGUUCGUCACAAUUGGGUAAUAAGAUGAUGGUAAUGUGAUGCAAAGUGAUGCGAAAUUAUUGAGAGUUGUUUUUAUAAUUGACUACAGAGUUGUGUACCUACGACAGAUGAUAUGUAUAGAACAAGGGAUUAUUUUGAUCAAGCUCACGAAAAUGCAAUGCUCGUAAUUAAUGUUAUAUGAUAGUCCUUGUAAAUAGUUACAAGUAUUUAAGAGAGGUUACACUUCAAGCGCGAUGUGUCCAUAUUUUGUAAAUAAUUCAGUUUAUGAAAAUUAGUUAAUAUUUAGAGAUUGAGUAUAUUUGUAAAUUAAUUUGUAAUAUUUUGAUUGUCCCUAUAGAUUGUUCAAUUGUUUCUGUAAGAUCAUUGUCACAAAUCACAAUUUUGCAUUUUAAAAGUUCCCCAAUAUUUGGAGAAAAGUUCAAAUUAGUAUGGUUGUAAAAUAUAAUUGUUUUUGCAUAAAUAAUAUAAAAAAAGGUUUUUUUAACGAAUCAGAUGCGUCACACGCAUGGGUGGGUGCUGGGUCGUGGCCGAUUGAUAUUAGCAGCUUGCCAAUUUAUAUUAUUGUACAAUUUUAUCAGUCAGUCCGCGCUGUGAUGACAUUCGUGUAUGUUAUGUGCCUGCCUACCACACAAACUCGUUUACCCAGUUAUGGUCGCUUUCGGACGAGUGCUGCGCUUGUGUUUUGAAUAUUUCGAAGGGCGCUGGUCCAAAGAGCCAAUGCAAUAGAAAGUGUGGAUUAUUUAUACUUUAUAAUAAACAGUUAUAAAUACAGAAAUAAAGGGACUGUUGUUAGUAUGAUACAUAUUAUGCCACUCCUUAUGAAGGUUGUAUGUCCAAUUAACGUAACUAUUGUGUUAUUUAUAUUCAUAACAAUUUUAUUAUGAUAUAUGAAACACGUUGUCGUAUGAUAGAUUAAACAUAGAAAAUGUAACUUAAUUGUAUUUAUAUAAGUAUGCAUAUUGAACGUUUAGACCCGACGUGAAACCGUGAUACAGCGAAUGCAAUACGGACAUAGCGUCAUACAUAUAACUGCAUAUCAUAGUUGGAACAGUGAUACUGGAGUAAGUUUACUUCAUUAUCUUUUGUGUGCUCAACUGCAUUAGACGAAGUACAUUUUCAGUGGAACGGAAUAAAAUAUAUUUUAAGUGUUUUUUGUAUGUACUCACGCAGCAGACAAAAUAACAAUAAAUUGUAAAAAAAUAUUGUUGCAAUGUUCGCAGCUUUACUUUGUACUAGUGGACUAUGAAAAUAUUUUUUUACUUUGUACAGAAUGUUAUAAAUGUGAUAAAUAAAUUUUGACAUAUUUAAUUAGAAAUUGUGAUUUAGUAAGGUGUGUAGAUAAUAAUAAAAUAUGAAAUGAAAACUCGCUUUACUAAAUAAAGUUUACUAUCCUACCGCUAUGUGUAACAUUGUUUUCUCACAUUUUUAUAUUUGGGUAUUUAUGUAUUCUAAGCUGUUGUACCUCUGCUAGUGAAAAAUUAUUAAAAAAAAACAGGAAAAUGAGUAUUCGGCCCAGAUUGUCAGCCCUCUGUAUCCCACCAAUGCUGUGAAUCAUUUGCUUCCUGAAAAAUAAACAAACAAAAUCUA